CUGUGUUCCAAAUUUGACCAAUGCCACCGACCCAAACAGCACUCUCCAAUAAGUCGAGUCAAUCCCUCUCAUUCCCAUUUCCAAGGUUUCAAUUUCUUCCCCUCACAAUUUCCCAUAUCUCCGAAAUCCGCAGGAGAAAUCCGCCAUGGAUAGAGAGCAGGAAGAAAUCCAAUUCCUAGGGUUCUUCGGCAUCCUACAGGAAUCGUGCAACAUAGUGUCGUCAUGGAAGAAGAUCUUUGCCCAAAUCACGGUAGCCCUAAUCAUCCCCCUCUCCUUCAUCUACCUCGCCCACAUCGAGAUCUCGGAGCUCCUCUUCACCAAAAUCAUGCACAACGAAUUUAUCCUCGACCAGACCCCCGAGGGCACCAGCUCCUACGAUCGCCUCAACGCCCUCCUCUCCUCCGAGCUCACCACCUUCUUCCUCUUCAAACUCGGCUACUUCCUCUUCUUCAUCGUCCUCGCCCUCCUCUCCACCUCCGCCAUCGUCUACACCGUCGCCUGCAUCUACACCUCCCGCGACCUCUCCCUCCCCACCGUCGUCAGCGUCGUCCCCCGCGUCUGGAAGCGCCUCAUGGUCACCUUCAUCUGGAAUUUCGUCAUCAUCUUCGCCUACAACGUCGUCUCCCUCAUCGUCCUAAUGGUCGGCGCAAUUUUAUUAGGCCAGAUCGACAUAAUAGGGCCUCUCUUUCUAAUCGCAUUCGCGGCGGCUUACCUGAUCGGAUUUCUAUACAUCACGAUCAUCUGGCACGUGGCGACGGUGGUGUCGGUGCUGGAGGAGAGUUACGGGAUCAACGCGAUGACGAAGAGCCAGGAUCUGAUCAAGGGGAAGAUGGGGGUUGCGUUCGCCGUGUUCAUGGUGAUUGGGGUCUGUUUCUUCGCGAUACAGCUGAUGUUUGAGAUGCUGGUGGUGCAGGGGGAGGGCGGGGUUGCGGAUCGGGUCGGGUAUGGGAUCGUGUGCUUGGUGUUGCUGUCGGUGUUGAUGCUGUUUGGGCUGAUCGCGCAGACGAUUAUCUACUUUGUUUGCAAAUCGUAUCAUCAUCAAAAUAUUGAUAAGUCGUUGCUGGCGGAUCAUCUCGGGGCGUAUCUUGGGGAGUAUGUGCCGCUCAAGGCUGCGGAUGUGCAGCUUCACCAUUUUCAGCCUUGAUUCAUUCUUCGUCGCCAUUGCAUUUGCUGCUCAACAGAGUAAAUUGUUUGUAGUAUAUUUUUUAUUUACUUCUCUUGUUUAUUUGUUGUCUAGUUGAAUGAUUAGCGUAUCUUAUUCUUGUAUAAUUAUUCUAUAUUAGUAUUUCCUUAGCAAA